AUGGGGGACGUGACACCAGCAGAGGAGACUGAGCUCAGGGCUGCUCGCUGCCAGCUGUUUGAAUCCCGCAUGAGGAAUGAAGCAAGAAGGCUGAGGACUUUUCAGCAGUGGCCGGGCACCUCACCUGUAUCUGCCCGAGACUUGGUCAAGGCUGGCUUUUUCUUUGUGGGUCCGAGAGAUGAAGUACAGUGUUUCUGCUGUGGUGGUGUCCUGAAGGACUGGAGACCUGGUGAUUGCCCGAUAGCAGAGCACCUGAAGUUCUUCCCUUCCUGUAAAUUCAUUUGUGGUGAGGAUGUUGGGAACCAAGAGAUGCUUCCUCUUCAGGAAAUCUUUGACACUGUGGAUGGGCAGUUCCUCAGCCUUUUGCAGGGGAUAGAAAGUGAGGAGACAGCCCUGCCCAACGAACCAGAGUACCCAGAGAUGGUAACAGAGGAGAUGAGACUAUCUACGUUUCAGAACUGGCCGCAAUAUACUGACAUGCGUCCUGAGCAACUGGCUAGAGCAGGAUUCUUUUACACAGGACAAGGUGAUGUAGUGAGGUGUUUUUACUGUGAUGGAGGUGUGAGGAACUGGUCGUUCGGAGAUGAUCCUUGGAGGGAACAUGCCAAAUGGUAUCCAGGGUGUGAGUUUUUAUUGCGGUCAAGGGGGAGAGAAUUUGUUGGCAGUGUUCAGGAGUCCUUUUCUAGCACUCUGCUAUCUCCAAGAGAAUCCUGGGAUGAGACUGAACAAGAUUCCUCUUCUUCCCAAGAUGCUGUUCAGAGAGAAACCGAAACAUCAAGUUCAAGAGAAGAAAUGCAAUCUGUGCAACUAAAGGAAUCAGAUGAGUCUCAGAUGAGCACAGAAGAACAGCUCCGACACCUGCAAGAGGAAAGGAUGUGCAAAGUGUGCAUGGACAGAGAUGUGUCUGUUGUGUUUGUUCCUUGUGGCCACCUGGUAGCUUGUGGGGAAUGUGCCCUCAAUUUGCGAUUGUGUCCUAUCUGCAGAGCGGUCAUCCGGGGAAGCGUGAGGACUUUCAUGUCCUGA